CAGGAAAUUAAGAGAGGGAUAUCAAUCCCCCGUCUCUCCCACUUCCUCCUACUCAUUCUCUUCGCAUUCAACUCCCUGGUUAACGCAGCCUACGACAUCAACGAUGGCGAAAAAGACUUCGCAAAAGAAGGUGACACAGCCCUAGGCAUCAAACUUGAUCUCAACUUCGCAAGGACCUGGCCAAACGUGGAUCCAAAGGACUCAACGGGACUGGUCAACGAUGAGACGAAUGGUAUCGAGGAUGAGCAGCUUUGGCAGAUCGCACUCACGGGAUACAAUGAGAUGCAAGCAAACCAGGAAGCUUACGGGAUCCCUAAGAGGCAGAGAAGCAAAGCUAUGACAGUCCUUGCAUUCGAUCACGAAAUCAUACUCGCUUCGUCGCAGAAAGGCGAGUCGUUCUCGUAUUAUUAUACGGAUACCCCUGUUGCUAAGGCUCUGGAGCGGUGUCAAGUUACUUGGCGGAGGGAUUUUGGGAAAGAGUCGAUCCAUAAAAAUGAGGGCAAGUGUGGUGAGGAAAUGGCGGCUCAUUUGUACUACUUGGUUCAUCCGGGCAAGUCUUUAAGUUCCCAAAAGCCAAGGGUUGCUACUAUUGUGGGAGGUAAAAGGACGGAUCCUUGUACGGAUAAUAAAGGAGUGAGUGGAUGCAUGAUUACCCUUCGACUCCUUCCUAGAAUUCUGGUGGCUGGGUGCUAA